UCAUACCCACGUCAGAAAGCGGCCACAAAGUGAAUCAAACCAUUCUCUCUCUUUCUCUCCCCAACUCAGAACUCAGAACUCAGAAGACUGGAGAAGAAGAAAAACCCCUUCUUCUUCCUCCAGUUUUCUCAAUAAAAUAAAAUUAAAAAAAAUAACAAAAAUGGCAGAACCCCAGAAUAACAGCAACAAUUCAAACCAAAUCACAGCCAAAGUGACGGUCCCACCAUACAUGAAAGCAAUUUCAGGUUCAGUCGGAGGGAUAGUAGAAGCCUCUUGUUUACAACCGAUUGACGUCAUCAAAACCCGGUUACAGCUUGAUCGGGCUGGAAAUUACAAAGGGAUUCUUCAUUGUGGGACAACUGUUGCCAAUUCUGAAGGGGUUCGUGCCCUUUGGAAGGGUUUAACCCCAUUUGCAACUCACCUUACUCUCAAAUAUGCCCUUCGUAUGGGUACCAAUGCUGUCCUACAAUCAGCUUUGAGGGACUCUGAAACUGGCAAAAUCAGUCAUCAAGCUCGUUUGUUUUCUGGGUUUGGUGCUGGUGUUCUUGAAGCCCUCGUUAUUGUCACCCCUUUUGAGGUGGUGAAAAUUAGGUUACAACAGCAGAAAGGAUUGAGUCCUGAACUUCUGAAAUACAAGGGUCCCAUACACUGUGCACGUACAAUAAUAGGUGAAGAGGGAAUAUUGGGGCUGUGGGCGGGUGCAGCUCCAACAGUAAUGCGCAAUGGAACUAACCAAGCAGCCAUGUUCACAGCCAAGUUCAUGUUUGACAAGGCCUUGUGGAAAAAGCAAGAAGGUGAUGGAACAGUUCUCCAACCAUGGCAGUCUAUGAUUUCAGGUUUCCUUGCCGGGACAGCAGGUCCCAUAUGUACUGGUCCAUUUGAUGUCGUGAAAACAAGGCUGAUGGCACAAAGCAAGUCUGGAGGUGAUGUUAAGUACACCGGCAUGGUUCAUGCAAUUCGAACAAUCCAUGCUGAGGAAGGGCUACGGGCUUUGUGGAGGGGAUUAUUGCCGAGACUCAUGAGGAUUCCACCUGGCCAGGCUAUCAUGUGGGCUGUUGCUGAUCAAUUGAUUGGACUUUAUGAGAAGCGGUUCUUGCAUAAUGCACCUUUGUAAUUAGCUUUUCUUAAGUCUCUCUUCGCGUGCUUUGUUUUAUGAGCUAAUUGAGGGCACAAAAGGAGUUGCAAGGGUAUUUUUGACGAGCUCGCGGGAGGAAAGCUCUGAUGGUGAUAGGGAUUUAUGACUUUGAGCAGCUUAAGAACAGCUUAUCUGAUUUUGGUGCCGAGAAGUCGUGCUCUCUAACAAUAAAAGCCAAUUUUUUAUGUAGCUAUUUAUUUCAUAAGCCCGCAGCUUCUGAGGUAGAUGAUGUCGAAAAUCGAAAUGAUGAGUGUAGGUACUAGCUAGUUAUACUUACAUAGGUGUUUUGGCAAACAUUCUGACCAACACAGGCUUGUUUCCCGUCCCAUUCAUUUGUAGAAAACUGUGAUUGGGUUCAGUCUCUUGCUGUAAUGCUAUGAUUGUUGAAUGGCAACUUUUUGUUCUAUUCAA